UGCCCUGAUGACGAAGAGAUGGGCGUGGACAAGCCGUCUCUGGUGGUGGACUUGGUGGAGGACCCUCUUUCGGGAAUCCCGGCCGACGUCCGCUCUCAGAUACCGGCGGAGGUGGCCCGCCGAGCUAGGUCUUCGGGCGGUAAGUAUUAUUCGAACGUCGUUCAGACGUAUCGAGCCUCCUCUGGCAGUUCUUCUUACUCUCCGCGUCAUCCUAAGGCCAUUGUUUUUCCUAUAGCCAAAGACAAAGGGAAGGAUGCAGCUGCUGCCGAGGAUGAGAACGUACCUGCUACUCCACACUAUUCGUCAAAGGAUAGGGUGGCUAUAUGCCGCAAGGUUUUUAAGGCCGUCCCCGCUGAGUAUGUUGCUUCUCUUCCUGGCCGCAAGACUGACGCCCAGUUUGGUGCGAUCCAGGCCACUCUUCUCGACUUGUUCUGCCGCAUGGAAUUCUGCAAGAGCUGGAAGGCCCGCACUGCUGAGGAGCUCAAAGCUCAGGUGGCUGAGUCCACCCACCAUGGUGACUAUGCGUUCAAGUCCAUUGAAGAGGUCCGCCUGCAGAUGUAGACGACCAUAGACCUUCAAGCGAAGGAGGUGGCUGCGUUGAGAUCUGACAAGGCCGAGCUGCUUAAGAAGAUCUUGGCGCAGGACAAGGACAUGGUGGCAAUGGUCGAGGAAGCCAAGACAGCGGCGGCGGAAAUACGGGCGCUUC